UCUAAUUAAAAAAUAAAUAUUUUUUCAUCGUUUGCCGGAACAUACCCCUACUCGUUUUGCUUUCUUCUUUACUUAUUUGGCGCGGUUUUUGUCGAACUCGGUAAACAUUGAUGCCGGCAGAAAAUGAUUGUUAAAAGGUUACACAGUCGUGAGUAUGGUCUUUCAGAAAGGUUGGAUUUGUCAAAUGUAUUGGAAUCAUUUGAAUCACUAAAGACAGAUGAGUACAUUGGGGAAGAUGAAGGGGCAUUUGUUCCUCCCCUUGCGUGCGAGUUCUGUAAAGUCAAAUCAAAAGGGCACAUCCUAGCUGUGGUAGAUGAGAAUGGCUUUAUUGUGAUUUACAACACAAAUAAAACUGGACAGAUGGCAAUUCAGGAUGACUGGCAGGCACACAACAACGCAAUAUUUGACAUGACGUGGAUGGAGAGCGAGGAGAAGAUACUGACGGCUUCCGGGGACCAGACAGUGGUAAUGUGGGACGUGGAGAAACAGGAGAAACUCAAUGUGUUCCGGGGGCACACAAGCUCCGUACGAUGUGUGUGUGCGCAGAGGGGAAGCAAUGCCGUGUUUGCCACUGGAUCCAGAGAUGGUCAUAUCAUGAUAUGGGAUGACAGAUGCCAGAAAAAAGAUGGGCAUAUCUCUCCUGUGAACAUAAUUAGGAAUGCUCAUUCAAUUACCCUGCGCUCACAUGGACAUAAAACUGCCAAUAGAAAGCUUGGACCACCUCGCGACAGCCAAAUGUCUGUGACAGCGGUGCUCUUCCAGACCGAUAUGAAUCUCUUUUCUGCUGGGACUUUGGAUGGAUGUAUUAAAGAAUGGGAUCUAAGGAAAAACUUUUCCAUUUCAAAUUCUGAUGCAGUGCCAAAAGUAACUAUCACAUAUCCAGGCAUGUCUAAGAGAAGGCUCGGUUAUUCCAACCUUGUAUUUGAUUCAAGUUACAGCCAGCUCUUUGCCAACUGUAGGGAUGAUGUCAUAUAUCAAUUUGAUGUCAUCAACAACAGCCCCAAACCAGUGCACAGUUACAAGGGCCAUGAGAGUGGUUCCUUUUUCAUCAAGUCGUGUGUCAGUCCAGAUGAUGAGUAUCUCCUCACUGGGUCCACCGAUGAAAUGGCUUACAUCUACAAGAUUGGCUGUCCUAAGCAAAGUCCCAUUGUCUUGAAAGGUCACAGCAUGGAAGUGUCUGAUGUUAAGUGGUGUCCUACAGAUUUUACAAAGUUAGCCACCCUGUCUGAUGACAACACCAUGAGGAUUUGGCGACUUCACCGUAGACCCUGGCCUGCUGACCCAGGGGAAGUGACAGGGACUGCUGAGAGAACCCACAAAGAGAUCGGUGUAUCAGCUGAUGGUCUUGAACAGAAGUUAACAGAGAAAUCUAACCAUACGUUGAUCUCCAGCGUAAAGGCAACAGCUGUUAGUGAAUCUCGUGUGUCACCAAUGAUGUCACCUUCCAUAAAGACCUGGCUGUCCAGAACUUCUCCAAAGACCCAAGUCAGUUCAUCACAAAGCCAGAAAGCAACCCAGUCCAGUGAAUCCAUGAAAAAGGACGAACCCAGCAAAGUGUCCAUCUUUAAAGGAAAUCGUCUGCCCUGCAAGAGGAAGUUGAUUGAUGAGGACAGCGAAGACAGUGGGUCCUUUGAGAGGUUCACAAAGAGACAGCGUGUACAGGACAGUCCUAUCAAGGUCGCGGAGUUACGUAGCCCCAGGAAACUGGAAAUCAAACCGAGUCCAAAAAAAUUAGACUUUUCCCAAUCAGCAUGUCUUCAAAAGGACAAAAGUAUGAACCCGUUAAGUGGCAGUCCACGAUUACCCAGGAGUCCAUUAACUUCAAAACCCUGUCUGUCAGCAAUAAACAUUGAUCCAGAGUCUCGCAAAAGUAGUUCACUGGAAUCUGUGUCAUCACCAACUGUUAACUUACCUAACCUAGUGAAAGAGGGCAGUGUCAACAAAAUCAACAUAUUCUAUAAAAAAUGUGAUAAAGAAAACAGUCCUCAAAAACUGAACUGGUUGUCCCAAAUUCGUCAGCAGAAAUUGGCAUCCCGGGAGGAACUCAGCAAGGGAUCGCCAAAGCGGGCACUGUUUGAGAAAACUUCGGAAUCACCAAGGUCAAGAAACUGGCAGUCCAAUUCCUCAUCUCAGAGCAGUAGUCAGGAGGAAAUUAGGUCACCUGUGCCAAAGGGAAUGAAACCUCUGCAUGCUUACUUCAAGAAGAAGCAAGAAAACUAAUUCAGCCUGUGUUCAUCUUUAGAAAUAUAUUGUAAAAAUAUUUUAUUAACAAAUUUUAAGAACAGUGCAAUAAAAUUUAUUUCUUU